UCCUCAACUCGUCCAAGGAACAGGCUGUGUCGCCCGCCAGUAUCGGAUGGUAUUACGCACUGGUUCGAUACCUGUAGUCCAGCCAGCGCGGCGCGUACCCUUGACACUACAAGAACCACUGCGGGAGGAGCUGGACCGCAUGGAACGAGCCGCCAUCAUCACGAAAGUGACAGAACCAACGGACUGGUUUGUACCAGGGAAGCAACUGCUGCUGGCCGACAUGCUCUCAAGGUCGACGCCCAUCAACCACCCAGCGGACACGAGUGGCUCGACAGAAGAAAUAGAGGUUCACGCAGUUGGUGCAGUCUCGGACCUGGUAAGCAGAAAAACUCUUGACCGCUUAGUUGCCGCAACUGCUAGUGACCCGGAGUUACAAAAAGUGAUACGCUAUAUCAGCGGCAGCGACAAUCUUGAUGGCUGCAUGAAACCUUUUGCUACUGAGCUGUCACUAAUAGAGCGAGUGGUGCUCAAAGGAACCAAAGUACUUGUUCCAAAGUCGAUGAGGAACGAAAUACUUCAACAUAUUGAAACCAUGUUGAAAAGCUGCGCCGUCUGCCGAAAGUAUGCAUACAGGCAACCAAGCGAGCCUUUUAUGCUCAGACCAACGCCGGGCCACGCUUGGUACAGAGUUGGCGUUGAUAUCUUUCAGCAUGGGGGAAGCUCGUACUUGUGCGUGUUCGAUGCGCAGUCAAACUUCCCGGAAGUGGAAAAACUGGGCGACACCACGUCGAGCACGAUCAUUGCCAAAUUGAGCUGCAUUUUUGCGCGAUAUGGAAUCCCAGUCGAAGUAUGCAGUGACAACGGCCCCCAGUUCGCGUCUCACGAGUUUGCCACCUUUGCGUCCAGGUACGAUUUCAAGCACGGGACAUCUAGUCCUGGCUUUCCACAGUCCAAUGGACUAGCGGAGAAAGGCGUCCAGAUAGUAAAACGGAUCAUGAAAAAAACACAAGAAAAUCACGACGACUUCUGGCUGGGCCUGCUCAGCUACCGAUCUACACCACUGGAGCACGGUCGUUCCCCGGGUGAACUGUUGCAAGGCAGGAGACUACGAACCAGGCUUCCAGACUUCAGCUCGCAACCUAAAAAUUUUGUGUCUAAGCAUAGACAACUUGGCGCACACAGAAAGGACCUACCAGUACUCCGAAAAGGGGAUGUGGUGAGGAUCCGAGAUAAAGCAUGGACCCACAAAGCGCAGGUCGUGGGACCGGCUGCGCCUAGGUCCUAUCGCAUUGUUACUGAAGGUGACCAAGUACUUCGUCGGAAUCGGAGACACCUGAUUACAACGCGUGAGCCAUUUCGACACGAUGACCUCGACAGCGAUGAGCCGGAAAGCGAGGACUACCAGCCGGUAACAUCCCCGUGCCCGCAAACCCGACAACUUACAACACCGAUCCCAAGACGGUCUAGGCGGAUAACUCGUCAGCCAAGACGACUGCAGUACGACCACAAUUUCAAUCAAGUGCAUUGUGUAUCUCGGCUUUAUCCAACUAUUAAACAGAGAAAGAUGUAUCGUGCAGACUACGCAUGCGUCGCACGUAUCGGCCUGAACUGAGUGACAGCACGAAGAUUACGGCACCACGUGCCUGUGA